GAUUAACUCAGUUAUGCAAGUUUUAACCAGAAACUGAUUCCGAAGAAGAAGAGGGAAUUUUACAGGAAUGUCUACACGUCCAUAUCAGAAUACAUUUUAUGUAAUUUAUAGCUCUCUACAGUCUCGGACAAGUAACGAAAAGAAGCCCUUCUUCAGUGCAGCAAGAGACACAUGGCUUGAGAGGAAAGACAGAAACACACGCAAGUUCCUGAAGACGGAAGAUCUACAAAUCACAUUAGAGGAUCCACAGCGGCUGUGGGAAGUUUGUUGCCAGGUGUCUCUGCGCUACACGAAGCCGAACCUCGGACCAGCAGCAGAACUCCGGCCAGACAGACAGGAGAAGAUGAGCUUCUUAUUCGGGAAUCGUUCGUCUAAGACGUUUAAGCCGAAGAAGAAUAUUCCAGAAGGUUCUCAUCAGUAUGAGCUGCUCAAACAUGCCGAAGCCACGCUGGGAAGUGGGAACCUGCGUAUGGCCGUCAUGCUUCCUGACGGAGAAGAUCUGAAUGAAUGGGUGGCUGUCAACACGGUGGAUUUCUUUAACCAGAUUAACAUGCUGUAUGGCACCAUCACGGAUUUCUGCUCGGAGGACAGCUGUCCGGUAAUGUCUGCAGGACCAAAAUACGAGUAUCAUUGGGCAGAUGGGACCAACAUUAAGAAGCCUAUUAAGUGCUCGGCUCCCAAGUACAUUGAUUAUCUGAUGACGUGGGUUCAAGACCAGCUGGAUGACGAGACCCUGUUUCCUUCUAAAAUAGGUGUUCCCUUCCCCAAGAACUUCAUGUCUGUGGCCAAGACCAUCCUGAAGCGUUUAUUCAGAGUUUACGCUCAUAUAUAUCAUCAACACUUUGACGCAGUCAUGCAGCUUCAGGAGGAAGCUCACCUCAACACGUCUUUCAAACACUUCAUCUUCUUUGUACAGGAGUUUAACUUGAUCGACCGUAAGGAGCUGGCGCCUCUCCAAGAGCUCAUCGAGAAACUCACUACAAAAGACAGAUAAACUGAGACGAGGAGAGGAAUAGAAGUUAACAAUGAUCCUGCUCUCUCUUCUGACCCUCCCUUCUAUCUUUUGCUUUGUACAGAUGAUUUUAACCCCACAGCACUGCUAGGCGAAGUGAAGGAAAGGCACAAUACUAAUAUUUCUAAAUGGAUCAAACCAGAUUUUUGGCAUUUGGUGACAUGAUGCCUGGAUGAAACGGUCACGUAUGAUUUUAGGUCCUUCACAUUAGUUUGGUCGCUGUAUGGGAGGGAUUUUAACGUAUGAGAACUGAACUACAGACUACAGUGAUUCGGUAUGGUGCCUGUGCUGAAGCAGAGAAUAGGUGAUUCGCUAAAUGUUAAAGGCGUUUGAUGCUUCAGUGCUGUAAUGCUGACAGCAAAAAGGAGUUAAACCGCUUAAGUCAAUUUUCCUAUGCAAUAAUGAUCUUAUUUGUCCUCACUGAUGUUAUUGGGCAAAAUUGCUUGAAGUUCAUAUCAGAGCUUAUUUUUUACCUUAUAUUUCGUAUUUAAUAUAGGUCACUAUGAAGGUUUAUUUUAGCCAGGUUUUGAAUACUAAUAUAUGAAGUGUGCAUGCUGGAAUUGCUACUUUGUUGGACCCACAGUGCUGAUGAGAAGCGUUGGCCUUGACUUUAUAUCUUAUGCUGUGCGUCAAAGAGACAAAAAGAAAUGUAUGAUAACAGCUCAGAGCCUCUGAUAAGAUAUUUGUUUUGCACAAGCCACAGCUGUUUCGGUUUUUUGUAAAGUGUUGAAUUGAUGCAACUGGGUUGCCAAACUUUUCUUAAAUAUUUAAACCCGUUUAAUUAUUAAAGCAUUUCAGUUGUACCCAUUUGAAAUAUACUUCUUCGUACGGUCAGUACAGUUCUGAAAUAUUCAGUAUGGGAUGAAUUUAGCUUUAUUGUGUGGUCGUAUUAGUCAUUAUGGUUAGAAAUAUUCAGCAUUUUGUUAUGAAGUGAAUGACUGUGGGCUUUUCUUCUCUACCUCCAUUUUAACCUUUUUUCCAUCUCUGUUCUUCUAUGAACACUUUUAUAGUUGUGUUUAAAAAAUCUUUAGAUUUAUGUUCCUUGUUUCACGAAUGUAAUAGUUUUGCUUCUAAUGGUUUGGACUAUGCCAUAGUGUAAAAGUGCCAACCGCUGAUUAAUAUCGGACAGAUAUGAAGUAUUUAUAGAGCAUUUUUGUCACUGAAAUGAGAAUAUAUAUUUCCCUGAACUGUAAAAUAAUUAGGGUAGAUUAGAUAUGUAAAUACAUGCAUAUGAUUUCCUGACAUUGUUCUAGUUUACAUUAAUAAAAUAAUAUUACUAACUGAUGUUGUUAUUUUUGCUGUACAUAGAGCAAAUAAAACCCUUCUCUUAA